CUUCACCCCCAAUAUAAAUACCUGUACCUCAUUCCACCACUGAACCUCAGAAAAAAGAGAUCGAACAAAUUGGAACGCCUGAAGCUGAGUGGUUUUUGAUCAUCAAAUAGGAAGAGGCGAUGUUUGUGUUGGAUUGGUUCUACGGAGUGUUAGCAUCACUAGGAUUGUGGCAGAAGGAUGCGAAGAUAUUGUUUUUAGGACUUGAUAAUGCUGGCAAAACCACUUUGCUUCAUAUGUUGAAAGAUGAGAGAUUGGUGCAGCAUCAACCUACGCAAUACCCGACAUCAGAGGAGUUGAGUAUAGGUAAAAUUAAGUUCAAGGCUUUUGAUUUAGGAGGACACCAAAUUGCUAGAAGAGUCUGGAGAGACUACUAUGCCAAGGUGGAUGCUGUUGUUUACCUUGUUGAUGCUUAUGACCGAGAGAGGUUUCCCGAGUCAAAGAAGGAAUUAGAUGGGCUUCUCUCAGAUGAGACAUUGGCAAAUGUCCCAUUUCUCAUUCUGGGAAACAAGAUUGAUAUACCAUAUGCUGCUUCAGAAGACGAGCUGCGUUAUCACUUGGGCCUAACUGGUGUGACCACUGGCAAGGGUAACGUCAACCUCGCUGGUACAAAUGUCCGUCCAAUUGAGGUGUUUAUGUGCAGCAUUGUGCGCAAGAUGGGAUAUGGUGAGGGCUUCAAGUGGAUGUCGCAAUACAUCAAGUAGGAGAGUUUACCACAAAGUACUUCUUGGCAAAUUUCAUCUUUGUGAUUCCAACCCAUUGGUGGGGAAGGGGGGGCAAGAACAAAGAGAAUUUUUCCCAAUCAAGAAGGUAUAUGUUGGACUUGUGACAGAGGACGUAUGUCGGGUUGUACUGGAUAGAAAGACUAGUUUUUUAGUAUCUUCUUUCUAGUUAUAGGUUAUCUUCACUCUUUCCGUGUCUUUGUAGAUCUUAUCUCUCUGUAUAUAAUGCCCUUAGCAGAAGGGAAAAAAAGAUAUACAGAACUGUGUGUUCCAAGAGUGACUGGUAGAAACUAUGUAUGAGGAAAGCACAAUAACUAAAGCAGGUAAUCCUCUCAUCCUGCCCUGCCAUUUUUGGCUCGUUUCUUGGGUAAAGUCGGGCGUUGUCAACACCUCUUGAGGGGUAAAUAUUUUAGUUUUAUUAUUUAUACAGUUUAGGUUCUUAA